AUGCGCAGAUUCAUUUUUAUCUCACGUGUAUUUGUUUAUGAUAUAAAAUGUACUAUUAGAUAACUCGAUCGAGUCAUUACAACUAUCACAACAGUAAAAUUUGCAUCUUGCCAAUAUGCCACUCUUGCAAAAUACGUUAUUUGGAACUGUAUUGGGAAAGGUCUUUGCCAGCGGAACUUUGGGAACCCGCCAACAGUUAUGCCAUGACUGUUCACAUUGCUUACGUCGUCGUUCAGCCGUUACAUUAUCGUUGUCAACACCAUCGCCAUCGAAUAACAAGAGCUCGAGAUCCGACGGAGCUAUUAGAAGUUUACAGAAAAGACGAAUUUCAUCAGACACAUUCAGAAUGAAUAUUGGUGGCGAGAAAGAUUUUAUAUUUAAACAGCUUCUUGAUUACAAAUCAUACACAUACACAUACCUGUUGGGUGAUUGCUUGACCAGAGAAGCCGUCUUGAUAGAUCCUGUCAUAGAAAUGGCCGACAGGGAUAUCCAGGUAAUAAAAGACCUGGGGUUAAAUCUCAAAUAUGCAGUCAAUACACAUGUACAUGCUGAUCAUAUAACUGGAUCGGGUGUUUUAAAGAAAAGAUUAAAAGAUUGUAAAAGUAUGAUAGCCGAUGUCAGCCAAGCUAAAGCCGAUAUUAAACUGAAUGAAGGUGACCUUAUAAAGUUUGGAGGUCAUGAGUUGGAGGUUCGUUCAACACCUGGACAUACUGAUGGAUGUCUAUCGUAUGUAUGGCAUAAUAAGAUGGUCGUGUUUACUGGUGAUGCUGUAUUAAUCAGAGGUUGUGGUCGAACUGAUUUUCAACAAGGUGAUGCUGGUCGUCUGUAUGAUUCUGUUCAUAACAAGAUUUUUAUAUUACCUAAAGACUACGUUAUUUAUCCCGCUCACGAUUAUACAGGACAAACUAGUUCUACUGUAGGAGAAGAAGUGAGGUAUAAUUCGAGAUUAGGAAAGACUAGAGAGGAAUUUAUCAAAUUAAUGAAAGAAUUAAACUUGCCGUACCCCAAACAAAUAGAUAAAGCCCUUCCUGCCAAUAUGGUUUGUGGAAUCUUUGAUGAAGAAGAGCAAAAGAAUUGAAUGAUAAUGGGACCACAUUCCUAAGAAAGAGUUUACCAAGAAACCUGUGCUACCGAGGCUAUAAUGCAGGAUGCAGAGUAAAGAUUUGUUUAUACUCUGGCUUAUUUUUCAGUGAAUUAUCUGGAAUAUUUUAUUUGUUAUUCUACUGUUAAUAAUUUGAGGGUCUUCCCAUUGUAAAUAUAAUAUAUAGUACAUGUACAGCCUUUUGUCAGAAUAACAGAAUUAUCGAAAAACUUAUGGAUCAUAGAAUCUAAUAAACUUUAAAAAAGGUGAUAUAUAUAUAUAUAUAAUAUUUAAAGGUCCCCAGAAAAGCUUCAUAUUUUUUUUAAAUGAUGCAAGUAAUUAUGUCAACAUAUCCUUUCCAUAAGUAUAACACAAACCCUGAAUGUCAAUGUUACCUGCAACAGGUAAAUUUCAACGUUAGUAAUUUCCGCUAUUGGUAGUUGUAACUUUCAGUCCUUUUAGUCCUUCUGUUCAUAGAAAUAUAGACUAGAAUAUGAGCAGAAGGACUAAAAUGAUGUCACAGAUUGUUUAUUGUCAAUAUUUCUAUACACUUAUGGAAAGGAUAUUGCAUUAUUUAAAAAAAUUUAUGAAGUUUUAACUGGCGACCUUUAAGGGAAUAAAACUAUCUAUAUGAAAAGUAUCUUUUUAAGAAUGUAUUGUGAUGUAUUUUUUCAAAUGGCCUAAGCACAGACUUGACGACAUUCAGGGUAUGCUUACUUACUUUUACAGAACUAAUUGUACUUGGUAUCAUCUGCCACUUAAUUACCCCUUUUUUCGGUUUCUCGAAUAGUGAAGGAAUAGUGCAUGAACUGUAGAUGGUAGGGCCUGUUAUCUGUGCAAGUCACUGUUCAAUCCCAGGUCUGUGCGUGUGACAAGGAGUAGAGUGGUAUAUGUGGGUUUUAUUGUAAUAAGAAAUACCUGUAUUGUGUACUGUCUAUGCAUGUGCUGUAUCUAUGUACUGUUUGUUCUUUCUUUGUUGAGUCUUUAGAUAUAUAUAUAUAUAUAUAUAUACUGUAUUGCCUGUUACUAAUAGUAAGUGCAGGUGGACUGCACCACACGAACAAGACACAAUACACAGAAAUCACAAACAAACAUACAUACAUAUUAGAUUUUAAUAUUAUAUUAGUCUAUAAGUUAUUUAACUUAAACAUACAUUAUGCAAGAGCUAAAUCUGCCUAUUGCAGGUCUUUCUUUAGGCCUGAAAUGUUUUCUAAAGUAUUAAUUAGACAUUAAUUAACUGAUCCAGGCCUUAAUCAACUCUCGAUGGCAUCAGAUUUCUCCAAUAUUAAAUAGAUUAGAAUGGUUGAGCGAUACUUUGAUUUAAUCAAAUAUGGAGGACCGAGACUUAGCUUCGAUCAACCAGUACGGUGGUUGAAAUUAUUGCACAUGUCUGUCAAACCUUCAAAGGCUAAUAUCUUCGCUUGUAAUAGAGUAAUUUGAAUGAAAUUUUCAAAUUAUUCAUUUUACAUCAUCUACUUUCGAACUAUUAUAGCAAGAAUGGCUAGUUCUUUAUCUAAAUCUUACAUAAUGUAUCUUUAAUAUUAUUGUAAUAUUGUUAUGUAGAUUAAUCAAUUUGCCUGUUCUUUCAUAAAAUUUAACGCACUUGUGUAUUACACUUUAGCAGUGGGAGGAAACGGGAGAACUCAGAGAAAUCGAAAAAAGACAGUAUAAGUUGAAAUGAUCAAGACUAGUUUUGUGUGAUAAAUAAUUAAUAAAUGUUCUAACCGUAUCUGAUGGAAUUGAAUUCCUAUUACUGGUAUAUUUUUAAAAUUUUUCUUCAGCAAAAAUAAAUAAUUUUAUAAUA